GGAGGCAAGCUGGUGCUGUGGGCCGUGGUCGGUUUGGCUCUGGCGGUGGUGGCUGCCAUGAUCGUCGCUCCGGGCGCCAUGCCGUGGGUGGCCGGGAAUGGGAAGGGUCCGAUGGACCGAGGCGAGUCAGAUAAGAGAAAUAACCCGCUAGCUGAGUCCGACGGCAGUCCGCGGAUCGUGCUUCUUCAUGCCAACGGGGGAAACAACUCGGCGUCAGAUCCGUGGCCGGCACAGCUAACCAUCUCGUCGCGGAGCGAGCUCGAUUCGAUGGUGGUUGACAAGUUCUUUGAAUGGGGUCUGGACAAGCAUCGCCCAGCUCAUGUGCCAGCCGACCGCGAACUUGUCCUCAACCUGUACCUGGAGGACGGCUCGCGGCUGCGAUCGAUCCAGCAGCUGGCCAAGGACCGCCCACAAACGUGUUCAUGGUCCCGGCCGACGAGUUCUUCUUCUGGCCAGGGCUGUACAAGGGCCACCGGACGACUGUGGCUGGCAUCGUGGGUGCCGGCGGCGCACCCGUCGUCAUUGAGACCGUCUCGCUCGAGCCGCGCGUCUUUAUCCUUGACAACAUCAUCUCCGAAGAGCAGAUGGAGGUCAUCAAGGGCGCGGUCCGCCACGAGAUGCAGCGCUCGGCUAUGUACACUCCGACCGACGAUGGGACUCACUACGACGAGUACUCGAACGGCCGCACCUCGAGCCAGGCAUGGUACAAGCAGCGCCACCCGCUGACCGAGCAGCUCUAUGACAACAUCGCCGCCCUCACCAAGACUCGCCAGAACCUUGCUUUUGGCAUGCAGGUCAUCAACUACGGUCCGGCACAGCACUACGAGGCCCACUACGACUACUUUGAUCCGUCCAUGUACCCCGGCGAGUCCCAGUUCCAGAACGGCCGCAACCGCAUGAUCACUGUCCUCUUUUACAUGAACGAUGUCGAGGAAGGUGGUCACACCGCUUUUCCCCGCGGCGACGACUACUACGGCCUCAACGGCGUCAUUACUGACUACUCGGACUGCGAGCACGGCGUAAGCGUGGCGCCCAAGAAGGGCCGCGCCGUCAUGUUCUACUCGCUCAAGGCACUCGGCCACAUGAACGGCGCCCUCGACAGGUACUCGCUCCAUUCGGGCUGCGACGUGCUCAAGGGCGAAAAGUGGGCCGCCAACCGCUGGAUCUGGAACAAGCCGUUCCCGCAGCAGUAA